GCUGUGGACCAUAAAAACGACGCUGAAGCUGGCAGCAGUCAUCAGUUAACGACUAAGUGACUCCAGCAAAGCUUCGACCAGCUAUCGACUUUAAUAUGAAGUGGUUUAAUUUGUUCCUGCUGCUCAGUGUUUUGGCCCUUGUGGGUGGCAUUGGCUCCAUGGCGGCCGCCGAGCCGCUUCCUCAGCCGGGACCAGAGCCAAAGGGUCGUCCGAACACCACUCGUCGUCCCAGGACGGAUAAUAUCGAAGAUCGACGCUAGCAAACCCAGCAGGAUGCUCCUGUCCACUGCACCCAACAGGAGCAGACUCGCGAUGCACGCACAAAUGUUAUCAAGGUGAAGGUGAAGUGCUUUGGAUUGGAGAAAAUGCAAUUUGUUGAAGUUUUACUUGUGUAAUAUUUGAAAUAAACGCACUUGAACAUUAUUCACAGUGUUUUGAGAAAUA